CAUUGUUGUCAAUUAGGUAUUAGCGCCGAAAACCACGAAAAAACGUGUUUUGUUUUUCAUGUGUAGUGAAGAAAAACUAAGUUUGAUGGUAUUUUUGCUAAAUCUUAAUUAUGGUAAACUUAGUAGUUAAAUAUUGAAAAGUUUAUGCCUAAAGCAUAAAGUCAGUGUCAGUGAAAUGAAUCAACCCUGUUCACCCGGGAUCCCCGGAAUUCCAAAGGAGUUGGAUAUACUCCAAAUGGCUCUGGAGGACGUUGAUGUCAUGAACCACGAUGAUCGGGUCGAUGCCAUAAAUCACGGAAAUCAGGUGGAUUAUCAAAAUAGUUUUCUGUCUGGCCAGGAAGACCCACUGCAGCAGCGUGCCAUCGGAGACAUUUCCCAACAAACAUGCACGUUCACCCUGUUGGUAAACGGACAACCGACAUCUUUUUGGCCACAAUCCCAAAACACCGUCUCCGAAGCCCAUACAGUAUCACACAAUGAAUCUUCAGCGACGACUAUGCAUCAGUGGCAUCAGUCCGAGACCUUCUCCCAAAAUGACGCGACUACAAGUCUCUCAACGGAAACCAUUGAAAUGCCCAGCAACGAAAACUGCAAUCAGGAUUUUUCGACAUUUCAAGGUUUGGAGAAACCAAAGCACAUUCUGCAGCAGCACUUCGACAGUUCUCAAGUCACUACUCCAGAGACCUGCGAACCAUUCAUCACCAACGCAGCAAGUCCACGUUUAGUAUACUAUAUCCCUAACAAUACCAAGCAAGUUGUUAAAACCUCGACUAAGGUCCCCCACGUUAUCAAAUCCACUCUCACCAAUGCUAAGAAACUCCUUCAGCCACGUAAAAUUACCACCUCCAAUAAUAUCACUCGAACCAUAACGAGUGGUGUGACUUCGAAUGCCUUUGUGUUGCCAAAAACACAAAUUACCAGCAUGAACGCACCUAUUUCUAACACCAUCCUGAGCUCCGCCUCAACGCAAAAAACCACUCCGGUAUUUACAACUUCUAAAAUCAAUUCAGGAGCGACUUCCGAUCUCUUCUCUAAUCAGAUUCCCAUCACUAGCCUCAAAAAGAGUUCUAGCACGACGGUUCAUAGUAAUCUAAAGUGUAUGGUACCUACAUCAAUAAUCCAAACAAUAAAGAACGUGAGCCCCCACGUAAUCCGGAAAACCACUUCGCAACAUUCACUUUUGAAACCUCAGCCAAUAAAGACAGUCGCGAAUUCACAAUUUCUUCAAAAUUUACAAUGUGCAAACAAAAUGAGGCUUCUUCCCAACAACCAGCUAGGAAGGCCAUCUCCAGGAACAUUGAAUGGCACGAAGCUCAGUGCGAUAAAACCUGCUCCGCAGCCUGUUAUUUCCAAAUCAUAUUCUCCCACUAAUUUUGUUAUCAUGCCGCCCAACUCUCCAAAGCCUGCAAGACAAAAUUCCCCGAACGUGAAAGUCAUACUUUUACAACCGUCUGCACAGUCUCGCAAAGCCACUUGCAACCAGGCCCCAAUUAACGACUGGACAACUGAAGACUUGACUAAAAUACGUAGCUUGAGUUUUGAAACUUCGAACGACGCAAAACUUAUGAGUAGGAAACCACUGGUUCAACGUCCGAAACUGGCUGCGAAAAGGGGAAGACCCAAGAAGGAUAGCAACAGGCCCCAGGUGGCUGAAUACAAGCAACCAGUUUCCGAAGAAGACCAGGAUGAUUUUAAAGAAACGAAAACUCGAUGUGGAAGACUCUCGCGUCCUCCAGCCCAUAUAAUUAAUAAUUAUAAACACAUUCACCCUGCGAAUUUGUCCCAUCCUGACGUAGAUGACACUAAUGGAGAUGUCCAAGCCGAAGCGGAAUCGGCGAAAGAAUUGUUGCCUGGACUAGAAGGUCCGAAACGAAACAUCUCUGAUCAUUUCAAAUGUCCCACUUGUAAAAAAGUCUACUUAGGAAGGGGCAAGAUGGCCAUACACUUUGAAAAGAAUCCAACUCAUGGAAGUGUUGACCAGCUUCCACCUCCGAAACCUAUUCCGCUGGAAUGUAAAAAGAAUAGUUUGAAACCGAAGGGAAAAAAGCGAGGACCUUGGGUAACUCCUGAAGAAAAAUCAGCGCGUCGGCAAGCGAAUUUACAGAAAGUAAUUUCUGAUUGUACUGAAGCUGAAAUUUCAAAGAUUGCAACUAUACCUGUUUUAGAAUCCCAGACUCUGUUCGAUUUAAUGUUCAUAAAGUCGAAAAACAGUGCACAAAAUUUCUUAGAUGAGCUUAAUAACUUAAUAAAGGAGGCAAGGGAGAAAAUAAUCCCGGGGAUGAGAAAGACGAGAGACGAGGAUCGAGGUAGUGAGGGCACUGUUGAUCUGAGUCAGAAUUUUGUUUGCGAUGCUUUGGGUUUGAGCCCUGGAGUCUACAGAAUUAGCAGAAAUUUCCUAGGGGGAGAAGAACUUUCUGAGGACGAGGAACCAGCGAUGAAGAAGCACAAGGCUGAUUCAGAAGAGGAAGAACAGCCUCUUUUGGAACACAGAACCUCAAGUGGAUUUUCUGAGGGUUCGGAUAACAGUUCGAAUUGUAUAGAUUAUCAGACAGCCUUACCCCUGCUGACGGGGAAUCCAAGUCCGAGCAACGAAAUCCAUAAACCGAUAGUGAUUUCCAAUCCACAGAUUCAGAAUGAGUUGAAUGAGAAUAGUGGAUUUAGAAAGAUAGAUAUUAACGCAAGCUUUAACAAUUCCUUCGAGAAGAUGUCUGAGUCAAGUCAGUCUUUUUCUCUCUUUUCUAAUUUAAGCAGCAGGUUUGAAAAUACGAGUGGGAUUAACACGACCCAACUCGAGUCUGAAAAUGACUUAGGUAAUGAGGCUUAUCAGUUUGAGAGAGUAAAGACAGCUGAGGAUGUCGUGGAUAUUUUCUCGAACAUUUCGAAUUCGACGGAGAAUAUUGCCAAUGUGGAUCUCUUCGAAAAUGAGUACAAGAGGUCGUAUAGUGUUCAAAGUGGCGCAUACAACAAUAUAGACGAUUUAAGCAAACUUUUAUCAGUUUAAUUACUUCUAUUUUUAUGUAGUUCACAGGUGAAACUUGUUCGACGGUCGAUUCCUUGGUCCUGUCAUCGUUUUAAAGGCGAUGUUUUUGUUCAUUUUAAAUCUGAAGAUUGAAAUAACUUCAGAAAAGGCUUAUUUUAUGAGAAAAUAUAUCAUAAGCUUUCCAACAGCUUUUUUAAAUUAUGUUUAUGUUUAGAUAUAGAGGAGAUGUCCACAAAUAAAGACUGAGCAGUUCCGACCCUUGUAUUCAGAAUAUUGACGAUCUCGAUUAAUUAAUAACGGGUGGAUUAUUUAUCCUAAAAAAAGAAAGGUAUAAUUUUAUCUUGUGCUUAAAAAAGCUUGUAGAUAAAUUUAUAUCAAUUUUCUAGAAAUAUAUAUGUGUACAGAGUAGUAUCGGGGAGAUCUACAUUUAGAAUAAAAACUUUUAGUUUCCAAUGGAAUGUACAGUUAUAAUUGCAAUGUUUUGUAAGUUUUUGAGUGAAGUAAUUUUGUAGGGGUGUAUCUUUGUUCAUUUAUACAAUUUAUUAUUUAAUGUUGUUAGAAAUAGCCGAUGUAUACAUUCCGAGCCCUGGGCUCAAAAUUGACGAAUCUGUUUAAGUAAUAACGGGGGGAUUAUUUAUCGCACAAAAAUUAACUAACAAAGAAAUAAUUCUAGCUUGUGCUUAAAAAAUUAUGCAGAAAAAUUGAUAUAUAAAUAUAUUUUUUCAAGACAAAUCUAUGCACAGAAUUUUCGUGCAGAAUCUUUUCGAGUGAUGUAUUUCCGUUCUUUUUAUAUAAUUAUUUUCUGUAUACCCGCAGUGUAAAUAUUACAAUAAAAGCAUUAUGC